UUUUCUUUCCCCUGAACAGGAUUUCCAGUUUCCAAACCUGAUGUGGUCUCCCAGCUGGAACAAGGGGAAGAGCCAUGGGUCCUGGAUCUCCAGGGCUCUGAGGAAAGGGGGAUCCCAAGAAGUGUCUGCAUAGGUUCCUCUCUUUAUCCGAGCAGGUGCUGGGAUGGUGAGUGAGAAUGAGGAGCAGAAUCCUCAGCAGGAAGAUGGCGAGCAAAUGGAACCACAUGGGGGAUUAUCACAAAAAUCCAAAGGAAAUGUGUCCAGGCAUCGUGUGCAGGGAAGAGUCUGUGAGAGUGAGCACAGGCCAGAGAGGGAGCAGAGAAACCAGCUCAGGGAGAAAGAGGGUAAAUCCAUUUAUUGUCAAGGAAUUCACAAGGAUCUCAAGCAAAUCAAAGCCCAGCAGAUAAAACCUACAGAAGAGAGAAAAAACACAUGCACUGAGUGUGGGAAAAACUUUACUCUGAACUCCACCCUCAUUAGACAUCAGAGGAUCCACAUGGGAAAGAGCCUCUAUGAAUGCUGUGAGUGUGGGAAACAGUUCAGUGAGAAAUCAAACCUUAUUAAACAUCAGACAAGCCAUACAAGAGAGAGAUCCUAUCAGUGUUAUGAGUGCAGGAAAAGCUUCAGUCAGUGCUCAUCCCUUAUUAGACAUCAGAGGAUCCACACAGGAGAGAGACCAUAUGAAUGUUGUGAGUGUGGGAAACGCUUCACUGCAAGAUCAGAUCUUAAUAAACAUCAGAGGAUCCACACAGGAGAGCGCCCCUAUAAAUGCUGUGAGUGUGGGAAAAAGUUCACCUGGAGCUCAGCGCUUAUUAAUCAUCAGAGAAUCCACACAGGAGAGCGACCUUAUCAAUGCUGUGAGUGUGGGAAAACAUUCCUUCAGAGCUCAGGCCUUAUUAAUCAUCAGAGGAUCCACACAGAAGAGCACCUGUAUGAAUGCUGUGAGUGCAGGAAACAGUUCAGUAAGAAAUCAAAACUUAUUAAACAUCAGUCAAGCCACACAAGAGUGACACCCUAUGAAUGCUGUGAGUGCAGGAAAAGCUUCACUCGGAGUUCAUCCCUUAUUAGGCAUCAGAAGAUCCACACAGGAGAGAGACCAUAUGAAUGCUCUGAGUGUGGGAAAUGCUUCACUGUCAAAUCAGACCUUAGUAAACAUCAGAGGAUCCACACGGGAGAGCGCCCGUAUGAAUGCUGUGAGUGUGGGAAACGGUUCACUUGGAGCUCAGUGCUUAUUAAUCAUCAGAAAAUCCACACAGGAAAGCGACCCUAUGAAUGCUGUGAGUGCGGGAAAAGUUUCAUCCGAAGAUCACACCUUAAUAGACAUCAGAGUCUUCACAAGGGAGAUAUACAGCAUAAAAACUUUAUGUAGGGCAGCGAAAAUACAUUUUUAAAAGGACAUUUGCUAAUUCUUACAUAGUGACCUUUUAAGGCUGUUUGCACCAUUUGCAUCACCAUGUUCUCUGACUCCCUCAGGUGACUUGCCCACUUUUCCUUUUGCAGGUCACCUUUCUCUGGGAUGAAUCCCAUGGUCCUUACUACUAAUUCUUUUCUCUUGUGAGUCGUGGGAAUGUCUCUCCCUCCUGCCACGAAUAUCCAUCAGCCCCAGUUGGGGGAAAUAGGGGUGACCUCAAGUAGCUACACUGAGCAAAAAUCAACCUUGGCUUUGUCUCCUCUAGGAUAGCUACCUCAAGCAGGCCAACUCCAUGGAAAAUCCUAAUGUAAAUACACAGAGAGCUUUGCCGUGUUGACAUAGCCCAGGCACAAUGGUUGGGGUUAGUUAGCACCUUCCCCUUUGAGCUGUCCUAAUCGACACCAAUAUUCAUACUCUAAACAAGCCCUAAGCAUCACAUUCAUACUGUCACCCUACUAGCAGAGCAAUUGUUAGUCACCAAGUUCCCCCUUUGGCAACAGAUUCUCAUUCUCAGUUGUUGUCAUGCUGGUCCAGGUUGUGCUGGACAGCAAGUUGUCCAUUCUUUUCACCAUUUUUCAUAUUUAAAGUAUAUUUCAAUAUAACAAAGAAGAGGAGCAGGAGUGGGACAAAUGUUUCAUUUCGGCCUUUGUGACAAUGGAAGGAAAUGGGUUGAGUCGGAUGGAUUCCCUGCUUCUCCAUUACAGUCACUAUGCCUGUUCCCUCCAGCAGCGCUGGUGUCUGUGUGAAUCACAAUGGAGUUUAUCCUCCCUUUAUUCUACCCCUCCACCUCCCAAAGGGUCCCUGCAAUUGAUCCUAAAUCCAACUCAUUAGGGCUAGAGAUGCAAGUGUCACAGACUUGGAUGGAGAAUUCCAGUGGAUCCAAAACACAGAGUGAUCAUUUCUAUCCCUGCUUCCAUCUGUUGGCAAAGCCACUUCUGGACAUUUUCCUGCUAAUCUGGGAUUGUUAGCAGAUGAGAAGGGUGGCAGUUUUUCCCCAUUAUGAUGUUGCUAAUUAUUUUUGUAAAUAACACAGCUCCAUAAUAAUAAAGUGCUGUUGAAUGAAGCAGGUUUGAAUGGAUCAGAGGAGAAAAUGAUGGGGGAAUCUGAUUUCCUGAUUAUUUUUGAGUAAUCAGGUGUAACCUGCUCUGGAAUUUCAUUUUGUAUGAAAGAGAAAGUGACUUAUACUGCUCUGUGUUGUGGCUUUUUCUCUCUCUCCUGAAGGCCAUUUCAUCACAUUAUUGAAUAUUAGUUUUGUUCUCCGGGGCAUAGCUCGGAUUUAUCAAGGACUUUGGGACAAAUGACUGUUUGCUAAAAGAGUCCCACCUUAUUUUAGUUUUGUCUUUCCCCCACUGCUGCAUGAUGACUUGAAAAAAGCUCAAGUGCAGUUCACUCAUCAGGAGAGGAUGCUUCAAACCAUUGGGCAUGCUGCCAAGGAAACAGUAGUGGGUUUAGGGCUCCACUCUGAAAUGGUUAACAACAGCACACUGCAAAUUGUGCAACUAACUGAAGUAACUGGGUGCAUGUGUCCUAUGAUUUAGGAAAUGCUGUCCCUGUCUGUGUUGAUUUGGAAAAAACAGAAGUUCAUUUCUGGUGAACUUGCCCAUGAUAGAUGCUGCAAAUGUGCACUACAAUGAACUCAGGGUUGAAUGUGAUAUAGCUGCAGAAUAUUUUUUUUUAAUAUACUCUGCUCCUUUGGUGACUUACAGGGAUUCUGAUGCAGGAGUGUUUCUAGUCCCUAACUUGGACCUGUGCCACCAGUUUAAAGAAACAAAUUGGGCAUGUUUGGGGAAGCCAUUCCUCACUAACACUGCUCACAUUUUGGAUGGUUUUAUAAAGGAUUAAAUUCCAAAGAAAGUGUAAAUGUACCCUGACCAUGACCAAGGAUUUGGCAAGAACUCAGUUUGAUAUAGAAGGCACCCAGUAGUUGAUUUUCAUCCCAGAGAAGGAAGCUGUGGUGAACUACGGUCCAGGUAAAACUGUGUUUUGGUUUUUGGUUGUUUUUUUUUUAAAACACUGCUCCCUAGUUCAUUACACUCCCAAAGGAUGCCAUGGCUCGAUUGGAAGGUCCUUCACUAUUUGGAUCCAAAGUUCCAUGAGGCAAAAUGAGAAAUAGUUGAUGCCUUCAGAGGAGAUUCCUUCGCCAGCCUGAUUGGGCAACAAUGACUUUCAUGCUGUUGAAAUGGUGGUAACUGAUGAGAGAAUGAAUAUAUCAAGUUCCGAUUUCAGACUGCUGGAUAUACAAAUGUUGAGUCCUGAUUCUAGGCUUUUGUCUUGUAAUUUUGCUCUUGUGUCUUAUGCAGUUGUGCCACUUUGCUUCCACCUUCUACUUCUUUGAAAGAUUGGAAGGUGUGAAUAUAGAGCUGAGGUCCUUUUUCUCAUGAUGCAAACCUUUCCACAUAGUGUGAGACCCCUUCCAGUAACACUUAUGUCCAAAGCCCCAGAGAUAAAUGAACUCACAGAUGUGGAAAGCUCCUAUGCUGGUGUAGAUCACAUUUACACAGUGCUCACUUGGUGGAAAUGAGGAUUAAAAGGAAACUAACGUGUAUGAUAAAAUGUUAUAAUCUUUGAAUAUGUUCUUGUAACUAGUGAAAAUGAAAUUACCAGUUAAGUUAAUUAGUGGUUAAAGCCUAACUUAGUGAAUUAUAUUGGAACACUGUGACUUACAUUGGUUUGCUUUUUGCUAGUAAUAUACGAAGUGGUGGCUAACCUUAAGAAGUUUAUUUGAUGUAAAAUACCCCCUGUGGACUAAGGCAUUCUGAAGUACAACAUCACUGCAAGGUCAAGUGGUGGAAUGCGUGAGAAAAAUACUGUAUAGUAGAAUAUAGAACCAGACUUCAGUUAUUUCUAUUUCAAAUUGAAUAUGUUUUGACAAGCUGUAAAAUAAAAUUAUGUAACGAGACAAAUUGUGAAACCUUUUACCAAA